UUUUGGAACAAUGACAUAAACAGUUUGUAGUCGGUCAACAUAACCCACCUAAAAAAGUGAAGUGUUUUCAAACGAAAAAUCGCGAUUCCAAUAAAAGAAAUAAUCUACUACUGCUGCAAAGGCACACAACAGUAUGUAUGUAGUACCACAUUCCAGAAACUCGAACCCACGGCAAUCUAACCUGCAAUGAUCCGCUAUGCCAUUCUGUUGGUUAUCUCGCUAAUUCUCUUCCUAAACGGCUUCUUCCCUCUACCCCAUACGAAUUACAGCUUCCCUAAUCAGCCUCCAACGCACAUCAACUCGUUUAACGUCACGGACCAGUACAGGCCCCAUUUCACCAAAACAGUCCUAAUAGUGAUUGACGCGCUAAGAUGGGACUUUGUGACGGCGCAACUGAUGCCUUUAGCCGCAGGCCUGAUGAACAGCCAGGGCUGUUUGAGCAAAGUAUCGGUUGAAAGCCCGACAGUGACUCUUCCCCGAAUUAAAGCCCUCACCACUGGGAGUGUGCCACAAUACAUGGAUGUAGUGAUGAAUUUGGCUUCCUCCGAAGUUCUGGCGGAUUCUUGGCUGCAUAGCGCGAAGAAAAAGGGGCUGCGCAUAGUGUUUUAUGGCGACAACACCUGGGAGAAGCUGUUCCCCAACGUGUUCACCCGAUCGGAGGGCACAACAUCGUUUUUCGUUUGGGAUUUCACUGAAGUGGACGACAAUGUUACCCGAAAUGUUAAUCUGGAGUUGGAAAGAAGCGACUGGGAUGUGAUGAUUCUGCAUUAUUUAGGUCUAGACCAUAUUGGCCACGUUUUGGGCCCAUUUCACCCGAAAAUGACCGCAAAACUCAAAGAAAUGGAUGACAUUAUUUUCAGAAUCCAGCAAACAAUGGCCAAUGAUACCCUAAUUCUGGUGACUGGCGAUCAUGGAAUGAGAGAUGCUGGAGGGCAUGGAGGGACAUCGUCUGCAGAAGUCACUGUUCCAUUAAUAGCCAUUGGGCACGACUGCGAAAACGCUUCAUUCCAGCAGACCGACAUUCCGGCCAAUUUGGCUGUUUUGCUUGGGAUCAACAUUCCGGUGACCAGCAUUGGAAAGUUGGAGAAGCCGUUUUUGCAUCGUCUACAUUUGAGGGAAUAUCUAUACGCCCUUAGAUAUAACGCGCAGAUACUUUUGGAGAAAAGCAGUCUGUGCAGAGGUGCUUUCCUCAAUGCAACGGAUUUUCAUGAAAACUACCUAAAGCACCAACGGGCUGCUGAUGGGGAACUGGCUAAGCGCCUGUAUGAAGAGUGCUCAGACAAAAUCACUGAAGAACUGUUCCUGGCCUCCAGCAAACAGGAAAUGCCCCUGCUGUUCGUGGCCCUGUUAUCAAUGUUUUACCUGUUUCUACUUCUGCUGAAGCCGUCCAUUCUAAAGCAAAGUAAACUGGAAUUCCUGCUCCAUCUUUGCUUAGUCUGCCUGCAACUUUUCGCCGCUUACCAGGUUCUAGUUUACAUAACAGGGGCUAUUUUGGCUGGUUUAGCUCUGUUGAAACUCAGACGUCUUCUUCGCGUUACAAAGUUCCCUCGAGCAGUGCCCGACUUUUCAGUUUUAACCUGCCUAGUGCAUCCACUCACGUUUAUUUCUACAAGUUUCAUUGAAGAGGAGCACUAUUUCUGGAUAUUUGUCAGCGUUUCUUUCAUUUUAGGCCUCAUUCUUCAGCGAAAUGGGCUUCUUCCUGUUAAUAACGCCAAACUUCUUCUGCUGCUAGCAGGAUUGAGAUUCAGCAUGGAUUUGAAUUCGACAGUGGAAAACUCUGUGCAAAGCCAAAGCAAUUGGGCAAAUCUCUUGAACUAUGAAGAAAGCCUGGUUUACUUUCACGCCUUUUUCGUGUCCAGUUUGGUGUUAGUUUUGGCGACGUUGUACUUUGAGCAGGAAAAAGGGGGAAACUUCAGUUCGCUGCUGCUCAGCGCUUUGACCCUAUGCCUGAUAUAUCUGCUGAAAGUUUCUGCACAUCACAACACUUGGCUGGGCAAAGCGAUUUGGGCUUUGAUAGUCCUUCAAAAACUUUUUCCAAGCGUUUCCUGGACGGAAAUUUGGAUACUAUCAAGCACUUUGCUAAUUAAACCGCACAACGUUGUGCUAAUUCCUCUAGGCGUAUACAGUGCCAAUCAACUAUCGGCUGUGAUAAAAGACUGUUUCUCCUUAACGGUGGCAAGUUAUUUGCUCUCAAAUUGCUUCUAUUUCCUGCAGGGGCACAGAAACUCCUUAGCAAGUGUCGAUGUUUCCAUAGGAUACACUGGCUUGAAUGACUAUUACCCUUUUCUGGUCAUUUCGCAAGUUUUAAUGCACACUUACACGUUUCCAGUAUUAUUCCAUUUGAUACUGUUCCAAAAGGUUUUCGAGCAGGAUUUUGGGGCGAAGUUUUGGAACACCAUUUUAACCAUAAGGACCUCGGUAUUGUUUUUCACCGGCCUAGUAAUGAUCCUUUUCAGACACCACCUGUUUAUUUGGUCAGUGUUCGCCCCCAAGCUGUUCAUAGAGAGUGUGCAUACAGCCUUUAUGUUUAUUGAACUUAGUUGUUGGUACUUGAACAAGUGUGUUAAGAAGGUUUUAUGCAAAUAAACUAUUUGCCAUUA